AUGAUCCAGUUGAAUCGUUUUUACAAUUGUCUCUUCAAACUUCGUUACUGGCACAUGGUCAACCGCGACAAUAGCCUCGUCCUACUAAAGGCUAUUAAGAAACGCUCGACUGAACCGUACAUGACUUCAACAAUCAAGUAUCUGUUGGAAGCAGGGGCGAAUGUCGAGAAGCAAGAUGAAAAAGGCAAACUGCCAUUGGCUCUGGCAGCGGAACUGGGCCAUGACGAUAUUGUCCAGCUUCUCCUCGACAACGGAGCAGAUGUCAACGCACAGACUGGUGAUCUCGGUAGCGCUCUCCGAGCUGCAUCCUCGGCAGGCCAUCAGGUCAUUGUUCAGAUGCUUCUCAACAACGGUGCGAAUAUUUACGAACAAAGCAAUGCUCUUCAUGCUGCAACAUUACGAGGUCACGAUGAGGUUAUACGCGUACUUCUCAGUGCUGAGCCUGAAGGCUUUUUGCAUGCGAAGAAUCAUGCCCUCCAGGUUGCAUCCCACACCGGCCACCAUAAGGCUGCACAAAUGCUUAUCGACAAAGGCGCGGAUGUAAACGCACAGGGCCGAUUUGGAAGCGCUCUUUACGCUGCAGCGUCACAAGGUCACCACAAAACUGUGCAGAUCCUUCUCAGCAGUGGCGCAAAUGUGAAUGCACAAGGCAGCCAUAAUGAGAACGCCCUCUACGCUGCAGCAUCAGAAGGCCACGCUGAAGUUGUCUCUACGCUCAUUGCUAAUAAUGCGGAUGCCAACGCUCGAGGUGGAUAUCACAAGAACGCGCUGGGAGUUGCAAAUAGCAAAGGGCAUCAUAAGAUAGUAGAAAUUCUACUCGGUGCUAGGGACUAA